UGGGCCUUUUGAAAUCCCGUCAUUCAUUCUUGCUGGCCGCUGCUUGAAAUUCAAGCCUUGAAUCUUCAAAUUCGUCCAGACCCAGACGGUGAGACGGCAGACUCCCAUCUUCUUCAAUCUUCUCACCGUCAUCUUGCUUCUUCUUCACCAUUCACGUUGAGACGUCGACAAGAAUCCAGACCACUGCCAUUCUUCUUCUUCACCGUUUUUUAUUGGAUGAAUUCUGACCCGCCCACGCAAUUGUUUGCACUUCAUCCAAAUUAACACCUCAAUCAGGCCUUAGCUUGUGUGAAGCCAACCCUCUGCAUCUCUCGAAUUUCAUUUUCAGGGGUUUUGGGUGGUUUAAGCCAUUUUUAGGGUUUCAUUUCCAAUCCUGUAACGUAUUUGCCUAAAUCAUUUUCAAUUACACCAAUUAUCGAAGAGGAGGACGCAUAAAAAUGGCAGGAAGAUUAGGAAGAAGAGUAGUUCACUUCGCCAAUCUCCCAAUCAAGCUUCUGAUGCCUUCCACUUUCACUAACAUCACUGAAAUCUCUCUCAAAACCAUCCCUUCUGCAACCAAGAUCGAAAUCAAGAGGGUAUUGGAAUCUCUAUACGGAUUUGAAGUCGACAAAGUUCAAACCCUAAACAUGGAUGGGAAGAAGAAGAAAAGAGGCGGAAUUUUACUUGCUAAACCUGAUUAUAAAAAAGCUUAUGUAACCCUAAAAACCCCACUUUCGAUUUCACCUGAUUUGUUCCCGAUCAAGGUUAUUGAGGAGGAUAAGAAGGAAUUGAAUAAGCAAUCUAAGACCACCAUUCUUGAGGAUGCGGGUAAUAAGAGGUCACAUUGGCUUGAAGGUGAUCACCGUGUUGAUAAGACACCUCCUCGCCAUCGUCGUGGUGGUAAUUCUAAUGAGACGGCGAAAUUUCCUUGGACUAGCAUGAAGAAAACCUCUACUGGUGCUAAGUAGAUGGUAAUUGUUUUGGUUUUUAGUUUUGUUGAUUAUGUACUAGUAUGAGGAUGUUGGUGAGAUAAAGUUUUUGUUCAUCAUGAUCAUGAUUAUUAUUAGAGUAAUUUUGAUCAUUAACAGUUUCAUGUUCACGUGUCUUGAUAUUGAUCUGCAAGUGGACAUCUGUAAUCAACUUUGGAUUUUGUCAAUUAGAGUUAUAUUGGAUUGUAUUA